AGGUAUUAAUAGAAUAAGUGAAAAUAAGGAAAUCCAGAAAUUAAGACAAGAACCCAAAGAACCAUACAGGGAAGCAUUUGUAUCUCAAGAUCCGUAAGAAGAGGCAGCAGCACUUAACAUGGAACCAAAACCUAGUGAAGCAAGUGAAGACCUCUUAUCAGGAGGUGGCGUCGCACCCAGCGGAGGUUCUUCAGGUCCUUUUUUUGUGUCAUCUGUUCGUGGUACAAUAAUCGAAAACACAUCUUCAGCUGGGACUUUGACACAAAUUCCUUUUUUUCCUAAAUAUGAAGUGGAGCUUGAUUCUCACAGAAAAAUCAUCCCUUACCCUGGAAAGGAUCACAUCGAACGUGUUCUGGAGGAAUAUUCACAUCAAGUCAAAGAUUUGCAAAGAAGACUAAACGAAAGCAAUGAAUUGCAUGAGAAACAGAAGUUUUACCUGCGGCAGUCGGUCAUCGAUCUGCAGACCAAACUCCAGGAGAUGCAGAUGGAGAGGGACGCCAUGGCUGACAUCAGACGAAGGGAAAGUCAGUCCCAGGAGGAUCUGAGAAAUCAGCUUCAAAAUACAGUUCAUGAACUGGAAGUUGCCAAAUCCCUUAAGGAGGACAUGCUGAAAGACAGCAACUCACAGAUAGAGCAGCUGCGAAAAAUGAUGCUGAGUCACGAGGGCGUGCUCCAGGAGAUUCGCUCCAUCCUGGCCGACUUUGAAGAAGGCUCAGGCAAGAAAAUCUAUGAACACGACAGCAUAUCUACUAUGCACUUCCGCAACUUGGCCUCAGCUAUUAGUAAAAUCCUAAGAGACUUAGACACAGAGAUUUCUUAUCUUAAAGGGAGGAUAUUUCCAGUAGAGGAUCAGCUUGAAGUACUGAAAUCGGAAUCACAGAACAAAAUAGAACUGCUUCUUCAACAGCAUCAAGACAGGAUCGAGCAGCUGAUAAGUGAACAUGAAAUUGAAAUAGCAGGACUUACUGAGAAAGCUAGCAGUGCUCGCAGCCAAGCCAACAGCAUCCAGAGUCAGCUGGAAAUCAUUCAAGAGCAAGCAAGAAACCAGAAUUCCAUGUAUAUGCGUCAGCUCAGUGAUCUGGAGUCCACCGUCUCUCAGCUGCGUUCUGAGCUAAGGGAAGCCAAGAGGACGCAUGAAGACAAGGCAAAAGAGCUAGAAAAGCAGUUAGUCCUCGCCCACUCAGAGCUAACUGAGGCACGGACAGAACGUGAUCAGUUCAGUCAAGAGUCUGGAAAUUUGGAUGACCAACUUCAAAAGUUGCUGGCUGACCUGCACAAGCGAGAGAAAGAGCUGAGCUUGGAGAAGGAACAGAACAAGCGUCUGUGGGACCGAGACACGGGCAACAGCAUCACCAUCGACCACCUGCGGCGGGAGCUGGAUGACCGCAACAUGGAGCUGCAGCGCCUGGAAGCCCUGCUCAAGGCCAUGAAGAGCGAGUGCCAGGGCCAGAUGGAGCGGCAGAUGGCAGCAAUUCAGGGAAAGAACGAAAGUCUGGAAAAAGUGUCCUCCUUGACUGCUCAGCUUGAAUCCACCAAAGAGAUGCUGCGCAAAGUGGUGGAAGAGCUGACAGCCAAGAAGAUGACCCUGGAGAGCUCAGAGCGGACCGUGUCAGACCUGACGGCCUCCCUGCAGGAGAAGGAGAGGGCCAUCGAGGCCACCAAUGCUGAGAUCACCAAGCUGCGCUCCCGAGUGGACCUGAAGCUGCAGGAGCUGCAGCACCUGAAGAAUGAGGGGGACCACCUGCGGAACGUGCAGACCGAGUGCGAGGCCCUCAAGCUGCAGAUGACGGAGAAGGACAAGGUGAUUGAGAUCCUGCGGCAGCAGAUUGAGAACAUGACGCAGCUGGUGGGCCAGCAUGGGCGCACCGCCGGCGCUAUGCAGGUGGAGAAAGCCCAGCUGGAGAAGGAGAUCAAUGACAGGAGGCUGGAGCUGCAGGAGUUUAAGAUUUUGAAAGAUAAAAAAGACGCAAAGAUCCGGGAGCUUGAAGCCAGAGUAAGUGACCUGGAGCUGGAAAAGGUGAAGCUGGUGAACGCCGGCUCUGAGCGGCUCCGAGCAGUGAAGGACAUCAAACAAGAGAGAGAUCAAUUAUUAAACGAGGUGAAGACUAGCAGGAAUGAAUUGAACAGUCUUUCAGAGGACUAUGAAGUCUUAAAAAGGAAUUUUCGAAACAAAAGUGAAGAAAUGGAAACUACUACAAAUAAGCUUAAGAUGCAACUGAAAUCUGCGCAGUCUGAGUUGGAACAGACCAGAAACACACUGAAGUCCAUGGAGGGGUCUGACGGUCACGCUAUGAAAGUGGCAAUGGGGAUGCAGAAGCAAAUCACAGCCAAAAGAGGUCAGAUAGACGCCCUUCAGAGCAAGAUACAGUUUUUGGAAGAGGCGAUGACAAAUGCAAAUAAGGAGAAACAUUUUCUGAAAGAGGAAAAGAAUAAACUCGGCCAGGAAUUGAGUAUUGUUGUAACAGAAAAGAACAAGAUGGCUGGGGAACUAGAGGUCCUGAGAUCUCAGGAACGCCGUUUAAAAGAAAAGGUUACUAAUAUGGAAGUUGCUUUGGAUAAGGCGUCUUUGCAGUUUGCAGAAUGUCAAGAUAUAAUACAGCGUCAGGAGCAAGAAUCUGUGCGUCUGAAACUUCAGCACACCUUGGAUGUGAAACAAGCAAGUGAAACACAAACAAAUUUCACAAGUACCUGCCUUGGGGAUACCCAAAGGAAGAGUUUUCCACGCACAGCAGUCGAGAGAGCACACAAAGCCAGAGUGCGAGAGCUUCAGGGCCCUGGCUACGCCUCAAAUCCGAUGAAGCCACGCCUGCUCCAGCAGGCAUCUGUGACCCGUUCUCACUCGAAUGUGCCAUCUUCCCAGUCCACAGCCAGCUUCCUGUCUCAUCACUCUGGGAAAGUGAAUCCCCUGAAGGAGGAUCCCACGAGAGACUUGAAACAGCUGCUCCAGGAGCUGAGAAGCGUGAUCAACGAGGAGCCGGCUGUGCCGCGCGGCAAGGCGGAGGAAGACGCCAGCAGCCCGUCCCUGGGAGGCCUGUGUGUGGCCGUAGAUGAUGGAGUAAGAGAUUGCAUUACUGAAUCAAGCCUGAGAUCAGACAUGUGCCGUAGAAGCAACAACUCAUUAAGGGAUUCCACCGAAUGCAGCAAAUCAAGCGAAACUCUCAGUAGAGACCCUGUCACGCUACACACGGGAGACAUGGAAGAUCCGUCCAGCUGCUUCACAUUCCCACCCACAGCAAGUCCAUCCGUGAAGAACUCGCCCUGCCGUUCGUUCAGCUCCUCUCCUAAGAAAUCCCCAGUGCACUCGCUGCUCACCAGCUCAGUGGAGGAGUCGGUGGGCUCCGCGUCACAGUACAGGUGCGGCAAACCUGCUCAUUCCUCUGAAUCUGUCAAAGAUUCACAGUCUCCGCCAAUAGAAACAACAGGAAAAACAUGCAGGAAGCUUCAGAACAGACUGGAAAGCUUGCAAACUCUGGUAGAAGAUUUACAGAUGAAAAACCAAGCAAUGUCUUCAAUGAUCAGAAAUCAAGAAAAGAGGAUACAGAAAGUGAAAGACCAGGAAAAAAUGUUACUAAAAUGAUUCAUUGCUUGCCUAUUCUUUACAGAGAGAUGAUGCCCAAUUAAUUGUGGUGUUACUUAUAAUUAGUGCCCUGUGUACUUUUUUCUUUUUAUGUGAAAAUUUAAUAAAAGAUACCCUAUCCUGUAAACUCU